GACGUCCUGCGGCACGUCGGCCUCGGCUUACGAUACUUCAGGUGGUGGGUCAAGAAGACCCGCAUAGAGAAGAAAUCUGCCUUCAUUGACCUCUUGUGUGCUGUCCCUCUGCAGCAGAUCUACGGGUGUCCGCUGGGCGGGAUCGGGGGAGGCACCAUCACCCGUGGCUGGCGGGGUGAGUUCUGCCGCUGGCAGCUGAAUCCUGGCAUUUAUAACUAUGAAACAGUCAUCGCCAACCAGUUCACCGUGUGCCUGCGUUGCAAGGGGCAGACGAUUUACCAGCAGGUCUUGUCUGUGGAGAGACCCAGCACUCUGCAGAGCUGGAACUGGGGCUACUGUGGCCACUAUGCCUUUUACCACGCCCUGUACCCUCGGGCCUGGAUGGUCUAUGAGCUCCCGGGGCAGAACGUGGUGCUCACUUGCCGACAGGUCUCUCCUGUCAUCCCCCAUGACUAUAAGGACUCCAGCCUGCCAGUGGGAGUGUUCAUUUGGGAGGUGGAGAACGGGAGGGAUGAGGACGUGGAAGUGUCCAUCAUGUUCAGCCUGCAGAAUGGCACGGGAACGAAGGAGGACAGGAGCGGAGGGCACUGGAAUGAGCCCUUCGCCCUGGAGAAGGAUGGCGAGCGAGUUGCUGGAGUCCUGCUGCACCAUUGCACGAGUGUGAACCCCUUCACUCUCGCCAUCUCUGCCCGGGAGAAGGCUGGCACGAGAGUCACCCACCUGACGGCAUUCAAUCCUAUGGGAUUGGGUAGAGAGGUGUGGCAGGACCUCCUGCAGGAUGGCAGGCUGGAUUCACCCACCGGUAAAAGCAGCCUGACGGAGAAGGGGGAGGUGACGGCAGCGGCGGUGUGUGCCAGCUGCAGAGUGCCUGCCCAGGGACACAAGACACUGGAAUUGGCCCUGGCUUGGGAUAUGCCAUGUGUUCACUUUGGCUCCAAGGAGAAGCUGCACUUCAGGCGGUACACCCGGUUUUUUGGCAGUGGAGGUGAUGCUGCUCCUGCCCUGUCACAUCACGCCCUGACACACUAUGAGGAGUGGGAGAGGAAGAUUGAAGCGUGGCAGAAUCCCAUCCUGGAGAACCGCCAGCUGCCUUCCUGGUACAAGUCAGCCCUCUUCAAUGAACUGUACUUCCUGACGGAUGGGGGGACCAUCUGGAUGGAGGUGCCCCCAGAUUGCUGUGCUGAGGACCUGCAGGGGCCUGCAGGGGCUGGCCUGUCCCAUCUCUUCCCUUUCCUGCGGGAAUACGGAAGGUUUGCUUAUUUGGAAGGCCAGGAGUACCGGAUGUACAACACCUACGACGUUCACUUCUACGCCUCCUUUGCUCUCAUCAUGCUCUGGCCCAAGCUGCAGAUCAGCCUGCAGUAUGACAUUGCUGUCACAGUGGUGAAUGAGGAUGUCCAGCUCCGUCAGUACCUGAUGUGUGGUCAGACAGCCCAGGUGAAGCUGAAGAACGUGGUGCCACACGACAUUGGGGACCCAGGUGACGAGCCGUGGCAGCGUGUCAAUGCCUACCUGAUGCACGACACGGCCGACUGGAAGGACCUCAACCUGAAGUUUGUGCUGCAGGUGUACCGUGACUACUACCUGACACAUGACUCCCUGUACUUGCGGGACAUGUGGCCGGUCUGCCAGACUGUGAUGGAGUCGGAGCUGAAGUUUGACACGGACAAUGACGGGCUCAUUGAAAACGGAGGCUUUGCUGACCAGACGUACGAUGCGUGGGUGGUACAUGGAGCCAGUGCCUACUGUGGCGGGCUGUGGCUGGCUGCUGUCUGCAUGAUGUGCAAGAUGGCUGAGGUGCUCGGGGAUGCAGAGAUCCAGCAGAAAUACAUGGCCAUCCUGAGCAAGGGCAAGGAGGCAUUUGAGAGGAUGCUCUGGAAUGGAAAAUACUACAACUACGACAGCAGUGGAAGUCACACCUCCAGCAGCAUCAUGUCAGACCAGUGUGCUGGGCAGUGGUUUCUUGGGGCUUGUGGCCUGGACCAAGGGGAGUUUGAGGUUUUCCCCAAGAGUCACAUUCUCAGUGCACUCAGGACCAUCUUUGAGAAGAAUGUGCUGGGCUUUGCGGGGGGCACCAUGGGGGCUGUGAAUGGCAUGAGACCCGACGGGGUGCCCGACACCUCCAGCGUCCAGUCCAACGAGGUGUGGAUCGGCGUGGUGUACGCCCUGGCUGCCACCAUGAUCCAGGAGGGGCUGGUGGAGGAAGGCUUCCGUACGGCGGAGGGCUGCUACCGGACGGUGUGGGAGCGGCUGGGCAUGGCUUUCCAGACGCCGGAGGCCUACCGGGAGAAGAAGGUGUACCGCUCGCUGGCCUACAUGCGGCCCCUCAGCAUCUGGAGCAUGCAGCUGGCCCUGGAGCGCCGGGCUGGCUGGGCACCCGCACCGCCCUGCCAGGUCCCCAUCCACCCGUGAGCCUGGUGGCACUGGGCAGGGCACCGGGUGCAGCAGGGGCUGGGGAUGGUCCUCAGAUGGCAGGCAGGGACCCUUCCCUCCCCCUCUGUGCUAGUACUCCCAUUGCUCUUUUCCUUCCCUACCUCCACUACAUGCCCUUGACCUCAGGGGCUUCCAGUUGCUGAUGCUGAGCACCAAGAGGGGGACCAGAGGUGUGGG